GGAAGGACAGAGAGAGGGGAUCUGUCAUUUAGUGAAGCCAAGCACAGAGAGAUACCUGGAUACCUUUUCUGUGUGUGCCUCUCAGCUACAGCGACCGGGAUUGACUUUGCCUGCAAUGACAUUAGAACUCACCUGGGCAGCAUACACAGAAACACAAAUACACCAUUUUUUUGGCUCUACACUCUACUCUUUUUCAGAGUAGUUAGAGCUCAGAGGCAGGAGCCCUACUGUUUUUUUCUCUGGUGUGCAGCCUGUAGUAGGUCGCCGGCGAUGUCGUGGGACUGUGGCCUGAAGUACAUGUUCUCCGCAUCCCCUGCACUGCAGCCGGGCAGCAUGUGUAUCCUGCAUGAUAAGGAGGAUCUGUCCCGACUGGAGAUGGUCCAGAGACUGGCCAAGGAUGGCUGCCGCUUCCUGCAGAACCACAGCAAGGGUCCGGAGAGGACAAGUGAGCCCCAGAGUGACGAGGCAGUCCGCGUGUGUCUGAGGGAGAGGGGCCGCGAUGUGCUGAUUCUCCAGAGAAUAUCGUCAGAGCAGCCAACCCUCUCUGCAUCGGCGAGGGGAGGGGGGAGAGAGGAGGCGAGGAACAGGAGAGUGUUUGAAGGGCACCGGGACUCGGCAAGGAUGGGAUCUCGGCCACAGACCCCGAACCUGCGGCAGGAGGAGGGCAGGCUGCUGCACGCUGCCCUGGUUGAGCAGGAGGAGGACGAGGAUGAUGACGAGGAAGGUUCUGAGGAGAGCAGCAAUGACAGCACCAGCCGGGCAGAGCCGCUGACAAUGCCCACCUUUGACGUCCCCUACUUCCGAUACAUAGACGAUGAGGGGACGGAGGGAGAGGAGGAAUGGAGCAGCAGCCGCUCUCUGUCCUCCAUCGACGAGGACUCUUCCACUGACUCUGUUGUGUCUGACAGGUUCGUGGUGGUCUCAGGGACCCCAGAGAAGAUCCUGGAGCACUUGCUGAAUGACCUGACACUAGAAGAAGACCAGGGGACAUCCCAGGGCAAAGAGUCAGAUACGCUACUGGAUGAUUUUCUGCUGACCUACCCAGUGUUCAUGUCAACCAGUGAUUUAUGUCAAGCUCUGCUGGGACACUAUUGCACCAAGCGCCACAGAGGGAAGGAGGACAGGAAGGAGGCUGUGGAGAGGAAACAGAAAGUCCUUCACCUGGUGUCGCAGUGGAUGGCCCUCUGCAGAGACUUCCUGAGGGACGACGAGCAUGUCAAGCUGUUCAUGAAGACUUUGUAUCGUUACGUGUUGGAUGAUCUCUAUGAGCACCCAUCCCUGGAGAAGGAUGUGAGGGAACUGCAGAAACUGUACCAGCUGCACCGCACACAUACGGUGGAUAACUAUUCCCCUCAAAGAAAGAGCAAAGCACUUUUCCACCAAUCGAGCCUAAAAGAGAACAGGCUCCAGUCCAGAGGAACACAGAGGGAGAACAAGGAAGUGCUGUGUCACGUGUAUAUCACCAUGGACUCGUUCCUGAGUAUGAGGGCCCACGGCGGGGUGGUGGCCCAGGAGCUGCUUCAGGCCGUGGCAGAGAGGAUGGACGUCCCACUCGGGGAACUGGUGCUGGUGGCUGUCACUUACAAUGGGGUGACACAGUCUUAUGGUGAGACUCCCCCGGUCGGUGAAAACCCGUUCACUGACAACUCAGAGCUCCAACAGAGGACGGCACGCAUGCUCAGUUUAAACACGUGGGACGUGGCGGUCGCUCUCACCAACUUUGACUGGACCAUCUUUGCCUCAAUACACGAGCAAGAACUGGUGUAUUUCACCUUCAGUCGCCAGAGCAGCAGCAGCCACACGGUGGCGCUGGAGCUGCUGCUGCAGCGCUGCAAUGAGGUCCAGCUGUGGGUGAUGACCGAGGUGCUGCUGUGCCCAACGCUCUGCAAACGGGUCCAACUCAUCAAGAAGUUCAUCAAGAUCGCUGCUCACUGUGAAGCACAGAGGAACCUCAACUGUUUCUUCGCCAUUAUAAUGGGUCUGACCACUGCAGCUGUUAGCCGCCUCAGUCAGACAUGGGAGAAGAUGCCUGGCAAAUUCAAAAAGCUGUUUACAGAACUGGAGACAGUUACAGAUCCCUCGCUGAACCACAAGGCCUACAGGGACUCCUUCAAGAAGAUGAAGGCUCCAAAGAUCCCCUUCCCUCCUCUGCUACUGAAAGAUAUUACGUUCAUUCACGAAGGCAACAAGACGUUUCAUGAUAACCUGGUUAAUUUUGAAAAGCUGCACAUGAUCGCAGAGACAGUGCGACUCAUCCGGCAGUGUCAGAAAGAUCCCAUGGGUAACGGCAUCACCCAGAAGAGCAGCACAGAAGUGCGAGCGUACAUCGACGACCUGCAUAUCAUCGACAAUCAGCAGACUCUGUUUGAACUGUCUCACAGGCUGGAGCCCCGUGCUUAGAGAGCAGCUCUCACUGCACCCCCCCCCCCCCCCCCCCACUGUGACAGUCACACUGUCGGAUUGCCAAGGAACGAUUUAUCGCCGUCUCAUCUAUCUCUCAGGACUCAGUCAGCAAUCAGAGGCCGCUCAGUCAGGAGAGUGACACCACAGAUGGGACUACGCAGAAACAGAAGCAUCUUAGGUUAAAUGCACACGUGUUUGCAUAGAUCCAUAACAGUGUCAGUGAUUCAAAACGCCUGAAAGCACGGCCAGCAGAUCUACUUCAACUAAACUGCCUGGAAGACAUCUGUAGGUCUUGAUCCAUGUGUCGAAACCAAACCUGCUGCUAUUACUUUAGUUCUUACAGGCACAAGUUGGCUGAGCUGUUCUCAGAAUGAUACAACAGCUCCCCCUAGUGGAGAAGCAGCAGGCUGCAAUAACAGCACAGUUGAAGAUGGAGGUGCUUCCCAACUGCUAAAAGAAAACACAGAACAUGAAGGUGCAAACAAAAGGUGUUGAGUUUGACUUAAAGGUCCACUUAGUAGCCUUUUAACCACACAAAUCACAUCAGAAGUGAUUGAGAUGCAGGUUCACUCAUCAUGACACUGGACAUCUUUUUGUAUUUUUCACCAUUUAAAGAUCUGGCAGCGACAGUUUGUUUUAUCCGAGACAACCAAAGAGUAUCUCAGUCCAAUAUUGUACACACACACUUCUGUUUUCUUCAGACAGGAUCCAGAUGUUCUCUUUGCCAGAUGCAGGACAUGCAUCAGUAAUGAAUCAGUACACUGUAUGCACAACAAGCUGAAUCAAGAGGACAGAUUUAGGGAAAAUGAUUGUUAAAUAUUUAACAUUUUCAUAUAUUAUUUUCAUUAUGUAUUUUUACAGAAUUCCCUUACCAUAUAUUUUUUAUCGUUGAACCAGAGUGUAUGAGAUGGGGCAACUCGGAUGGUUUUAGAACAGUGAAUUAGAUAAGAAUACAAAAUGUAUUUCUCUGAUGUGGGAAAAGCUUUGUGUCCUGUCUGUGAGACAUAAUCACGUACAGUAUGUUAUUGCUAAAUACCAUUAAAAACGCCUGUUUAAAGUGAUGCUAAUUGCAUAAGGAUCUCCAUCUAGAUGAGCUGUGGACAAUCAGUUAUAAAUGAAGCAGCAGACUCAUACUGACAUGUGUCCGUAUUGGUCUUUAAAGUUCAGGUUAAAACACAACAUAGUGCACAUUGCAACCCAGACAGUGUUUGAUUUGUUGAGGUUUUGAGAUAUCCGCUCUAGCUGUAUGGUACAAAGAGAUUAGCAUUUGAAAAGCUCAGCAACAAUCUUUAAGAAACAUUAAAGACAACCCACAAUACAAAGUUUUCUGUUUUCAUUAAAUGCUACAGAGCUGCAGCUUACAAUAUCUAAUUUAUCCUCAGUAGAUGUAAGGUUGAAAAUUGUAAGGGAUAAAUAAGUUUCCUUGUGUUUCUGGGUUUAACUGUCAGUGAAGUAAAGAGCAAUAGAAUGGUGCAGGGAUGACGUAUUUACCCGGAAAUAAGCUGCGCAUGGGUUCCCUUAACAAAAAAAGCAAUGGGAUUU